AUGGCACAGACUAAUAAUAACAAGAUUGCAAUGUUCUCAGCAAAGAAAUACUGGGAUAAACACUUUGAGUCGGUCAGCGGUAUCGACAAGUACAAGAUAACAAAUAUUGAUGCUCAGCUCAAUGAAAAUACUGCCAGUUUGGCUAAAGGUCACACUGCAGUAUGUCCAUUCGUGAAUGACGUAGUAGAUGAUAAGACAUUACAUAUUCUUCAUCAGGGUGGAACAAGGGUAUUGUUGUUGAGAUCAACUGGAUUCAACCAUGUCAAUCUCAAGGUGGCGCAGGAUCUAGGUAUGACUGUGAUGCACGUUCCGGGAUAUUCACCUGCCUCAAUCGCAGAGUAUGCUGUUGCCAUGAUGUUAACCUUAAACAGAAGAUUGAUCAAGGCAUCCAGGAGGGUGUUUGAGGGCAACUUUGAGCUGAGCUCUUUGGAUGGUUUUGAAAUGAAUGGUAAAACUGUUGGAGUCUGUGGAACUGGCAAUAUUGGAAUGAUAUUAUGUCGCAUCCUGAUGGGAUUCGGUUGCAAGGUUAUUGCCUAUGAUGUUAGGGAGAAUCCAGAAUGUAUCAAGAUGGGUGUCAAGUAUGUCUCACUUGAAGAGAUAUGGGCUCAAUCUGAUAUCAUCUCCCUCCAUGUUCCAUUGUUAAAGGAUACCAAACAUAUGAUCAAUCCAACAACAAUUGACAAGAUGAAGAACAAUGUGAUGAUCAUCAAUACUUCAAGAGGUGGAUUGGUCGAUACCAAGGCAGUGAUCAAGGGUAUCAAAUCUGGAAAGAUUGGUUAUCUCGGUCUGGACGUAUAUGAGGAGGAGGCAGACCUCUUCUUUGAGGACAAGAGUGAGACCAUCAUUCAGGAUGACAAGCUUGCCAGGUUGACAACGUUCUGUAACGUACUGGUCACUGGCCACCAGGCAUGGUUCACCAACAAGUCACUUGAUGAGAUAUGCAAGACCACCAUCAACAACUUUGCAAGCUUCCUCAGUGGCAACGCGACCAAAGCCAAUGUUGUAGAGUACAAGCCAAUCUCAAAUUGA